UAUUGUGGGCUAAAAUUGAAUUAACGCACUGCUGUAGUAGGCUAAGCGACCUAUUAACAUAUAUUAUGUUACUGUAAUUGCAGGUGUCCCGGCGGAGUGAGCUGCGAGGUAACACUCCCAGCUGAACUACACCGAGAGCGGAGCUCCGCGAUCAGAGUAGCAAUGAGAAGAGACCACACCUCCGAUCGAAGGGCAAAAGUACGGACUCCACGAGCAAUGCACCUGCAAUGACAGAGCGAUGAUAGGGAUUGCAACGUGACAUGAUCGGAAUUACUGACAUCAGGACUUGGAAUUAACUUGACGUCUCUUUAAGCGGACAGUCUCAGACUGGAAGCUGUGGAUUUCGUACUGUGUUGCAGGCUGAUGUGGUUCGGGAUGGUGCUGCCUACCAGCACGGCACAGACAGAUAGCGACCCGUCCCGUGCUUGCUUAGAGAAGGACCCAGAGACUUGCUCCAUUGUCUCAGUCUAGCGACCAGGCAGUGUAUGGUGACCGGAGACAAGAGCCUGUUUUAUGAAUGGUUUCUUUUGCAGAUACAUCAGAGACCUGCAGUCGGAGAUACCACAGUGUACUGCUUUACUAAAGAAUGAAUAGUGCUCCCGGUCUAUCACAAUGCUCAGCAUUCACACCUGUCGCGGUAGACUGUGUUUUAUUUAAAUCUCCCAGGAAGCCACCAAACAUUAGUAGCCGACAGCAAUGUGAACCAAGAAAGAGAUGGUCGAAUCCUAUGAGGAUGUUGCUAAACCUGAACAUUUCUGUCCUGGUUAGAGGAUAACUCACAUACUGACAGGGACACUGUUUUGCAUAUGAAACUGCCUUAGAGACCUUGGUGAUCAGAAAUACAGUAGACUGCUAUUUAAAUUGAUGGUUAGUUUGUAUGACAGUGCAACACCAAGGAUGCUAUACUGACAGCUUUUCCAUCAAUGCCUUUUCAAUAUAAAUAUUAUGGAAUGUGACUAGUGUUAAUACUUAUUUUAAACCAAGAAUUUACACAUUUUGUUAAUCUUGUUUUAUUAAUGUCAGACUGGCUUACAGUCAUAUUUCUUGGCACGCAUGGUUGUGUUCAUCCGGGCGAUCUUCUAAAUAUACACCGGACUGCACUGCUGAACUAUCACUGACAUAACUAAGCUCAAGAGAUUCCCAAGAGUUCCCAAGGAGCAACUGCAAAAUCAAAACAGAAAGGCGGUUUAUUUUUAGAAAUUAUUUUCAUUAAGCACUAAAGUGAAGGACUCACAAUAAGCUCAAAUCAAGCUCAAUGGAACCCUGAGGUGAUUUUCAAGAUUUCCAGUCCUGCCGUCCUCUUUCGGGGAAUGAGUUCAUACCAAUGCACCUGUGACUACUCAUCCGGCUCAUGGAACAAGAUUGUCAUCCCAGACAGCAUCUAAUUUUGUAGGGAAGUCUAACCAGACGUCCUCAAGCACCAAUAAUCAGCAAAAAUCAUGUCAGAACUGGAGGACUAUUCCCCUCCGAGGGACCACCAGCCUCCUGACCCGGCCCGCAUCCAACAGAACCUUCUGGAGGAGCAAGUGGAGCUCUGGUGGUUCAAUGAACCACGCAAAUCUUUAUUAUGCUACUGCGCCUCAGUCUGCCUGAUCUUAGGCUGCGGCCUUGGCGGAAUAGGCCUGCUCUCCACCACCACCAGUCUUUCCAGCGAGUGGAGGCUUGGAGCCGGAACGGCCCUUUGCCUUCUCGCCCUGGCCGUUCUCCUCAAGCAGCUGCUGAGCUCUGCAGUACAAGACAUGAACUGCAUACGCAGCAGACGGCGAAUCGACAUGUUGAAGAGCGGGGGAUUGUCCGACAUUCUGGUCAUGUUGAUCACAGGAAUCUCUUUGCUUAUUUGCGGGGCCGUGCUCCUGGAUGUGGCCCUGGCCUACCACAUGCCCAAACCUGGGAAGGCUCUGAAUGACAUGUACAUAUCUGGGCUUGUGCUUUUGGUGGGAGGAAGUUUUACAGUGUUAGCGGUCGGAGUUUAUUCCGCAGUGGUUUUCUUUAUGGAGAGGACAGGCCCGGGACAGAGAAGAUGGGAGAGGACAGUGGGAAUCUUCACCAUUUCAGGCCGAAUGCAGGGGAGGAGAGAGACGGCGUCAAGCUUGGCUCGCCUGAUUUAACAGCGUGGCUCUACACGGCACUCUAGCCGAGAACAUGAAAUAAGAUACUGAACUUUGCAGUCAUAAAAAAGCCUUCAGUGAAACUUUGCACUCAUUAUACGACAGCACAAAUCACAGGUGGCAUUUACAAUUACAUCCCACGAACAGACUAAAGGUUUCAGGCGUUAAACCUCGGCUGGUUUAGGCCCGAACAUUCAGCUUUUACAUGCGUAACUACAACGGGGAAGUACUGAUAAAAAGCACAAAUACAAAUUGAACUCAAGUUUAAACAUUAACAAAUCUAUUUGAGGUAAACAUGCUGCUUUUUCUCCCGUUGAUCGCCUCCAAUGUGAUUGGAAACUGCGGUGUGCGUCCUUCACGGCUUUAUUUAUGUGGGCAGUGGCGAGCAUGCCAAGAUUUAAUGUGUGUCAAAGAUCAGAUCGGCCGUGUUGGUUUGCACGUCUGUGAAUUUACACUUCAGCCUCGUUCCGUGUGCAGGCUACACUAAGGAUGAAAUAAAGGACAUGAAUGUAAAUGUGGAGGAUUUGAUAAACACUUAGAUUUUUGUUAUAGACUGUUCAUACAGAUAUAUUGAAGAAUGGAGCAUCUUCAUCUAUUUGAAGAACGCUUUAUGCAAAAGGACUUAGAAUUACACAUUACAAUGUUUAGAGUCCCUGUGAACCGGAAGGAGCGAUCGUUUUUACUUCCGUUUUCUGACGCAAUUUUAUAAUUAAAAAACAUAGUGGGCGUGGCUUGUGUUUUUCACCGCUAAUUGAUUUGAUGCAUAGAACAGCGUUGCAUUUUUAAAUGAAAUUGGCAGCAGACUGACAUUCGGAGGGGAGGAGUUAAAAGAUACUCCGCCCAAGCCGUCUACAUAAUUUAAGAUCAUUAGCCUACAGGGAGGAAGUGCAUUGUCAGAAUUUAACUGAAGAUUAUAAGGGCACACAAAUUUUAAAGAGAGAAUGAUGGCAAGCUAUUGACAAUAAACCCUUUAUUAGUUUCAUCAAAAAUAGGAAUUGUGAUUUUCUAUUUCACUGGGACCUUAAUCAGUGUUUUCCAUGAGAUUCAAACCCACAGCAUUUAUGUUUAAAGAAAGAUCUUUUAUUUGUUGCAAUAAGCUGACAUUUCCAUGUAAGUUUUUGGUAUUUGAUUUUGCAGGGUUUAAGAAAAACAUUCACAAACAGAUGGACGUAAACAGAUGGCAGGUUUUUGCCAAUUUAGUGGAAAUCUUAACAUAGUUAACAAACUUUCAGGCUCCAGCGUGACAACUUUCAAAAAUGAAGAAGCUGCACAAUUAUAAAACUGCUCUGGAAUAUCGAAAGCUCCCAAAAGUGUUGGGACAACGUAAGCCUUAAGCCACAGUUGAAAUGUAUUUUAAUGUAUGUAUGCAUUGGAUUAAAUAAGAAAAUAUCAAACCAAGAGUCAGACUAACACCUUCAUAAACAUUGAACUAAUCUUCGCUAUGGUUUCCUUGGGAACAUUUGGUUAACAGUGAUUGCCGUAAGAUCAGAGAAAAGGCCUUGAAUCAUUUAUUUGCAGAUUGGUUUGAUAUCCUCUGUCUAAAGCAAUGUAAUUAAUGCAUUUUCGACUUGGCUUAAGUGCCUUAAUAUUUUAAGGGGCCACUGUGGAUUGCAGUGGUCUUUCAAAGCUGAAGUGAGAUUCUUUGAAGAUUUAUCUUGUUUUUUCCAAAAUCAUUAAGGAGUCUUAUUUAAAAAUAAAAGAGAACAGCAUUCAA